AGUAAACGCGAAUAUUUUCUCGAAUAACGCGCAAUUUACGUGUUUAAUACGACGUGUUUACAGAAAUUGGUGUUCUAAUAACUUCAUUCAUACAAAAAAAAGUGUUACCCGAGAGUGUGUGGUGAUUUUUUUGUGUGUUUCUGAUAAGAGUGCAGUCGGCAUGCCGUGGUCGUGAGAUGGACGGUAUUCAGAUGGAGCCCGUCGGCAAAUAUAAAGCCGACCGUAACGGAUCCGCCAAGGCGGCCGCGUGGCGCAACAUGGUAGACCAGGAUCUGGAUGACGUAGCAUUUUUGGCAGACACAGACAAGGCCCGCGAGGCGCGAGAGCUCGGCGACGCGCCAGUCGCGGUGUGUUCGCAGCGACGCGCGAUCUGUCUCGCUGUUCUGGUCCUCGCUGCGAUGUUUUCAACCGCGCUGCUGAUUGUGUACGCUACCCCACAACCGGAAUGCCCUUGCGCUGCCGAAGCUGACCUUUUGCCCGGUCAACCUCCUACAGGUUCGGAAGAGAACGCUACGGCGUCUAACAAAGAGCGUAUAGCAAGCAACGGAAUGGUGUUUCCGUGGCGUGGGGCAAGGCUGCCGACCUUCCUGAUUCCAAAGCACUAUAGUCUGUGGCUGCACCCAAACUUGACUACUGGCGAGCUUAGAGGUGAGGUCUCAAUAGACUUCAAAGUGGACCGUGACACCAUCUUCGUGGUGCUCAAUGUGCGGGACAUGAACGUCACCGAGCGCGCUCUGUUCAAGACGGGGGGGUCUCUGGGACCCAAGGUCGUGAAGACCUUGGACUACCUACCAGCGGACCAGACUUACAUUGAGUUUAAGGAGAAGUUACGUCGCAAGUAUAACUACACCCUCAGUCUGCGCUUCAUCACGAAGUUGGACCGGAGCGACAAACAGAGAGGCUUCUUCUUAGCCGGCACGCAUCGACACCGCUGCGCAGUGUCCCGUUUCUGGCUCACGCACGCCAGGUCGGCGUUUCCGUGCUUGGAUGAACCGCAUCUGCGAGCCACCUUCAAGCUGACGGUCGUGAGGGACAGGUUCCACGUGUCCCUCACCAAUAUGCCCAUCGUGGCUACCGAGGAAGCUGGCUUCUACUUGGGGCAUAGACUGCUCCAAGACGAGUUCGCCGUGUCACCGCCCAUGGCGCCACACAUGAUGGCGCUGGCGGUCUGCAGACUGCAGAGGAGGGCCGUGCCCCCCCUCCCCUCCCCCCACAACGCCUCGGAGCCGACCGAGUCACCAGACGACCUCCCAUUGCCGCCGCCUGAAGUCAGCCUGUACAGUGACCAGCAGGUUAUACUGGAUGAGUCCGGGCCGUUGCUGGAAUGGGUCCAGAAGACAAUCCAGUUGUUCGGCUACGAGCUGAAUACGUCGUAUCCUUUGCCUAAAUUCGAUAUCGUGGUGGUGGAAGGUGGUAACCAGUACUCGGAAGGGUGGGGGCUGAUCACAUUAGCGCCAUCUAUGUUGACCGAUACCAAGGUCAUUGCGAGGCUGUUGGCCCAACAGUGGUUCGGAGGCCUGGUCUCCCCUCGCUGGUGGAGCGCCCAGUGGCUGCUGGAGGCCCUGACCUCCGUGCUGGGAGAGAGGGCCCCCGCGCUGGGCGGGGCUCCGGCCGAGAGAGAGACGGACGCCUUGCUUCUGGACCACGUGCUACCUGCGCUGAGAUUAGAUUCCAGUAACUCUGUGCGUGCGGUGGCAUCGCCUCGGCUCGAAAGAGCUGACAUAGAGUCGGCAGCUGAUGAACUGUCUUUACAUAAGGGUGCAGCAAUAGUGAGCAUGGCGAUCGAGGCUGCCGGGCAGGAGGCGGGUCGCGCCGCUCUCGCGCGUUUGUUGCGCGACCAUCGCUCGGCGAGCGCUGACGCCAGAGAUCUCUGGCGCGCCCUCCAACACGACGGCACGGACGAGGCUCCAGCCCACGCGUGGGACGGCUGGUGCGAGCGGCCGGGCUACCCACUGCUCUGCGCUAGGAUAUCCGCGACAGACGUUGUUCUGAAGCAAGAGCGAUUCGUGAUGUCUGCGGAUCCCCCCGACCCCGAACCCCCAAUGAUGAACCACCUUCUCACCGUGGAACUGCGCUCAGAGUUGGAUGAACUGUUUUAUGAACCGGAGAACUUCACAGAAGUAAUGGAAGAGGACGUCAAUGCUACCACCACAACGACCGCUCCCACCACGACCACCAAGCGCCCCACGGUCAAAAGCACAAAACCACCACCCGCGCCCAAAUGGGUAAUACCAGUGACAUUCUCCGUCGGGCCGCUGGAGAAUGGAGAAGAAGUCUUGAACAUGACGAAAGCGUUGUUAAACUCAUCAGACGACACACAGAAAGUUACCUGGUACGACAUAGUGCACCCAAAUGACACCAAAACCUCGAGAUGGUCAGAAAACGUCACGUACCUUGUAUGGAUGAAUGAUACUGAAAUGGUCAUCCCGGAGCUGGGCAAACACAAGUGGGUGCGAUACAACGUUGGGGCGCGGGGCCUGUACCGGGUCGCGCCACAGGACCGUAAAUUAGGCGAGUCCGCAGAGGAAGCCGCGCAGAGAGCGGCGGCGCUGUACGAGAGCGGCGCGCCAGCGGAGAGAGCUUUGCUCUUGGACGACGCUUUCGUGUUGAGUCGCGCCGGUCGACUUCCCGCCAGCAGAGCCAUCGCAGCCGCGGCGCACUUGACGGCGGAGCGGCACUGGGCGGUGUGGCGCGUGGUGGUGGGCCACCUGUCGCGCUGGCGGGAGCUGUUGCGGGUGGCGGCGGCGGCACCACGCCUGCAAGCGCUGCUGGCCACAUUGCCGCCCCGACUGCCGCUGUACAGCGCCCAGGACCUUCUCGAGGCCUCCAUCAGCGAGGACCAGAUGUGGCUCAGUGGCGCACUCCUCACCGCCGGCGUGGAGUGGGGUAACGACAACGUGACGGAGCAGGCUUUGGAGCUAUUUGAUGCGUGGUUCAACGAGAAUAGCAGCAUCCCCGAGAUAUACCAAGAGGCCGCGUUCACGGCUGGCGUGCGCAAGCACGGCGAGGAGGCUUGGCUGGCGUGCUGGCGCGUGCUGCUAUUGUCGCACGCGGCGCCGCGCCCGCUGUACUCGCACUCCGCGUUGCUGGCCGCGCUCGCGUCCCCCGCCGACGACUGGCUGCUGUACAGGUUCGCGUACACGGUGCUGUCAAGCGAGGCGCAGCGCGGUCGAGAGUGGAAGAUGUGGGUGACCGCCUUAUGCGCGGGAGUGUGCAGAUGGCGUGGUGCUGCUGGUAUUUGGCGGAUAUUGCAUAUGGCGCCGCUGCCGCCAUCGGCAUUACAGGCUGCCGCCAGGUGCCUCCAUCAGCCGGGAGAUUACUAUAGGUUUAAAGAGCUAUUUGGAGACCAGAAAGGAGCUUUGCUAGCGUUGGACACCAUCUCACUCAACGCCGCGUGGGUCUCCCGCGCUGAUGCUGACUUACUAGCGUACUUCAACUCUGUGAACAAGAAGAAUGACGACUAAGAAAGUUGAUUAGCAUACUCCAUUAUUAGCAUGCGAAAUCCAAAUUAGCAUUU